CCGCCGCCGCCGCAGUGCCCGCCGAGCUCUCCCGCGAUGUGGCUCGCGCUGCCGCUGCUUUGCGCCGGGGCUCUGCUCCUGGGAGCACCGGCCUGCGGCGCUGCCAACGUGUCGGUGAGCUCUUUAGAGACGUUCCGCUUCAAAACGUGGAUGUUGCAGCACCAGAAGAAAUACAGCUCGGGGGAGUACUCACACAGACUUCGGACUUUCCUCCACAACCGGGACAAGAUGAAAGCCCACAACGCGGGGAACCACACGUUUCAGAUGGGACUGAACCAGUUUUCAGACAUGAGCUUUGCUGAGAUAAAACGCAAAUAUCUCUGGUCACAGCCUCAGAAUUGCUCAGCCACCAGAGGCAACUACCUUCGGGGGUCAGGCCCAUACCCCACCUCUGUGGACUGGCGGAAGAAGGGAAACUUUGUCUCACCAGUGAAAAACCAGGGCGCCUGUGGCAGUUGCUGGACCUUCUCCACUACUGGGGCCCUGGAGUCUGCAGUGGCCAUUGCAGGUGGGAAGCUGCUGUCCUUGGCAGAACAGCAGCUGGUGGACUGCGCCCAGAACUUCAACAACCACGGCUGCCAGGGGGGUCUGCCCAGCCAGGCCUUCGAAUACAUCCAUUACAACCAGGGCAUCAUGGGCGAAGACAGCUAUCCCUACCAGGGCAAGGACAGCCACUGCAAGUUUCAGCCCGAGAAGGCCAUUGCUUUCGUGAAGGACGUCGCCAACAUUACCCUGAAUGACGAGGAGGCCAUGGUGGAGGCAGUGGCCCUGUACAACCCUGUCAGCUUUGCCUUCGAGGUCACGAGCGAUUUCAUGCGCUACAGGAAGGGCAUCUAUUCCAGCUCGUCUUGUCAUAAGACUCCAGACCGAGUUAACCACGCAGUACUGGCUGUGGGGUAUGGAGAGGAAAAUGGGAUACCUUACUGGAUUGUGAAAAACUCUUGGGGUCCCCAAUGGGGGAUGAAUGGGUACUUUCUCAUUGAGCGGGGCAAGAACAUGUGUGGGCUGGCGGCCUGCGCCUCCUACCCCAUCCCGCAGUUGUGAGGGCAGGGCCUCGCCUGGCAGGCAGGACAAGACAGUUGGCAGAGCAGAGGAGCCCAGUGGGAGUCCAGGCGCCAAAAAGAAGAGACGAGACCAGCCUCCCGUCCAGUGGCCAGCAGCCCUGCACCAAGCACCUUCUCUCCCAACAGAGGGCAACUUCUCAAUAAAGUGUG